UCCUCCCGCUGCUCCUUUUCGUUCCUCUCUCCCGCCGUGUUCCUUGCGCUGGCGGUCCGACUACUCCGGUGCGAACGACGCUCUUCGGCGAAGCGGGCGGCCGCGAGGCCUGUACCACGGCUGCCUUGGGUGCCGAAGGGCAGCAGCAGGGCCUGGCCAACAGCGUCCCUGGGCGGAGGCAGGGGGGCGCGACUACGGGUCUGCGGCGCGACCAUGCGCGGCCACCGGGCCUCCGGCGUCGGAUCCGUCGUUCCGAGUCCGCGCUGGUCAGCGGCGUCGCCAUGACUCAACGCUGCCUGCGCUCGCCCAGCGUCAACUUCGCCGACUGUGAAUCGCCGCUGCCCGGAGUAACGUUCGAGCAGCCACCAGGCCGGAGGCGCUACACGCCGCGACGAAUCAGCACGCUGGUAAGCGCCAAGGACCGGGCGCUGCGCAGCGAGCAGGCGGUUCGAGCGCGCGUCGGCCAGGCCGUCAACCUGGCCGUGGAGCGGUUCGUGUCGGUCGGCGAGGCCCUGGCUGACGACAACGUCGAGAUCAAGCUCGAUAUGUACGACGCGUGCCGAAGCGCGCGCGCCGCCGGCGCCAGCAUCGAGCAGCUGUGCGACGUUCGCAUGGACGAGGCGACCGAGGACCGGGGCGCGCUGGCGCGGGCCGCGCGUGCCCUGCUCGCCUCCGUCACCCGCGUGCUCCUCCUAGCAGACACCGUCGUGGUCAAGCAGCUUCUCAGCGCUAAAGACAGGGUAUCUAUAAGCUUGAAUCGCCUUGAGAAUGUCGCUAACUUCACGGAGUUUGUGAAGGCAUUCAGCCAGUUCGGCACCGAAAUGGUUGAGCUGGCUCAUCUCACUGGAGAUAGACAGAACGACAUGAAGGACGACAAGAGAAGAGCCCAGAUGGCUUCAGCGAGGAUGAUCCUCGAGCGCUCCACCAUGCUGCUGCUCACGGCCUCAAAGGCCUGCCUGAGGCACCCGGAGUGCGAGACGGCGCGGGAGAACCGCGACACGGUGUUCCUGCAAAUGCGCCGCGCCAUGGACCUGGUGCACUUCGUGGUCAAGGACGGCGUCAUACCGGAGCUCGCCUGCGCCGCCUCCUCUUCGUCCGAGUACCGCCGCAAGGGCGCCCGCAGGGGCUCCUGGCGCCUCGACGAGUUCGACCGAUGCGCCACCGUCCACAACGCCGUCAAGAUGUUCGAGGACCUGGUGGAGACAAUGCGAAUGACGCUGGUGGGGCCCAGCUGCCGUGAGCGGUUGUCGAGUGCCUUAGACGCGGUGGUGGAGCGCACGCAGGACUUCACCGACUCGGCCUACACGUCGCACGAGCACCGGGAGAAGAUCCUCCUGCUUUGCGACAGGGCCAAGCUUGAGCUCAACCAGCUCCUCAGGAUCGGCGUCAGCCUGGAUCAGGCAGGUUGUACGUCUCCCAACGAGGACCUCGAAAACGCCAUCGAGCAGACGCUAAGGGCGACGGCAGACCUCAAGCAGCAGCUUCGCGACACGGCACUGGACCACGCGGACGAGCUGUUCAAAACGAUGGACGAAGGCGAACUGCUCAACCGGCUGAAGAACGCCUCGCUCGCCGGGGAUCACGCCAGGCUCGAGGAGUACGCGGACAAAUUCGCCGAGCACGCCGAACACGUCCAGGAGGUGUGUCGGCUUCUCUAUCACGUGGCGAGCACGGAGGCCCUCCAGGUGACCGCCAAAAACACGGAUGCAUGUAUCAAGGUCUACGGCUCCCAGGUGGUGAGCGCCUGCCAGACCCUGAGCACGCACCCAGUCAGCAAGAUCGCCAAGGAGAACGUCGAGGUGUUCAUGGAGGUGUGGCAGUCGCUGGUCAACGACGUGGCCUCGAUAUCGCGAGAGGCCAGCCAGCAGUGCCGGCCGCCGGUGCAGGGCCCUGACAGCGCACGAUCCGUCUACAUGUCGCUGCCAAGGCCCGGGCGCCACGGCACAACGAGCAAGCCCCUGAAGCCCAUGAAGCUUGACACUGAGGAGCAGGCCAAGAUCGCCAAGCUCGGCCUCGAGAUGAAGCUGUUGACGUCGGAGAUGGACGCCGAGACGGAGAAGUGGCCCGCCGCCGAGAAUGACAUCGUAGGCCGGGCACGCGCCAUGUCUCAGAUGGCCUUCUCCAUGUACCAGUUCACCCGAGGAGAGGGCGACCUCAAGACCACACAGGAUCUCUUCACUCAAGCCGAAUUUUUUGCAGAAGAAGCCAACAAGCUCUAUAAGGUUGUACGGCAGUUUUCAUACCAGGUUCCCACGGGACAGCACAAGAAAGAGCUGCUUGAGUUUCUGGACAAGGUUCCCACAUUUGUCCAGCAGCUGCAGUUCACGGUGAAGAACCCAACAGUGGGAAAGGCGGCUACAUUUACCAAGGUUGAUAAUGUCAUCCAGGAAACGAAAAACCUGAUGAAUGUCAUCUCUAAAGUGGUCACAACCUGUCUAGUCUGCGCAACAAAGUACAACCUGGACUUCCGUGGCUCGGAAAGUGGCCGGGCGCACUCUCAGUGUGGCUACCAGGACGAGGAGUACAGCUACAGUGACGGAGGCGGCAGCACAGGAUUUGGGUCUAAGGGCGGCCCGGGCACCGUCAGCUCGUCAGACCCGGGCAUCUGACAGUACGGGAUGGGCCCCCGGAGGCCCAAGCAGGACGCCCGCCGCACUAGGGUGUCUUUUUUACUCUUUUAGGGUCAAAAUCCAAGCGGGACUAAGCAGCCGUAGGUAUGGGCUGGCGAUGACUGGCACAUGUGGCUGCCGACGUUCACCGCGCGCCUAGCCAAUGUGCGCGCGGCCUCAGCAGUCGUAUAUGCCCUCUUUGCUGGUUCAGCUGCGGUUCAGUAGUUCUGCCUUGAUCACCGACCCACACAGCAGCAGUGCCUGACAACAUCUGAUGAUUUCACAACUCAGUUUGCUUACAAAAUGCACACAUUGGCAACAUAUUGAUCUUUGUUUUGACCAUAAUAUUUUUCCUGGUUUUGUACCUUACCUGGCUCUAACUAACCCUGUGCCAUACCUCAAAAAACUACCAACGAAUCUCAGCUUUAUUUUAAACUUCUCUAAUGCUGCAUUGUGCAGUGCAUGACCACAUUGUGUUCAUGGUGUUGCUGAAGAACUGCAUGCUGCCGGUCAGUGGUCAGAGCAGAUGUAGUCCUGUCUGCCCCACUCUUGACGUGCGCUGCCCAGUCGCCGGAAAUGAACUAAAGUGAGCUCUAAAUCGCGCUACAAUUUCACCUUUGUGCCCGAUGCACCCAAUGCUGAAGUACCCACUGAAGUGCAUCAGUGCUUACUAGGCCUAGGCACUUUAAGCUUUACUGCUUUCACCGCUGCAGCACUGGUGACACAAAUCCUUGAAUAUUCUGAACCAUGCCACUGCUCUGAAGUUUCCGAUGCUAAAAGCCUAAUCAACGCAUUCCCACACUUUCCAGAAACUGUGCAAUCCGUCUGCACUACCUUUGCCCAAAGAGGGGCCGCAUAUUGUUCCAAAGCAAGCACAGUCAUUAGUCAUUACCAUAACCUAGCUGACCGGUGGUUAAGACUGCGCGCUUGCACGUCAAGUCGUGGGUGGGUUUUGACCCUGAAACGGUUUUUCUUCCCAUUUUCAUUCCUUCCCUUCUUUUAUUGAGUAACUACAUCAUUGAACCUUCUCCUUAAGUUACUCAUGUGGCAAGGUGCCAUUCUGUCGGAGCGGGCGACUCUUCACACAAAUAUUUAGUCAUGUUUUAAGCUAUUUGCACUCUUACAUUGAGUAUGAAGUGAAAAAUAUGCCACGUCUUAAAGUAGUCUGCCUCUUAAAGUCAGCUUACUACAUGUCUUACUGGAGCAGUACUAGUAUGGACUGCCAUGUUGAUGUUGUAAACCUUCUGUAUGGAAUACGUGAACAGGUCAACUAAUUCAAAAUCUGGGGCAACAAGUAGACUUUAAACUAGAAUGAAUAAGAUGCAAUACACAUAGUUUGCAGACUUAAGAACUGCCUGCUUUUCAGUCCUGCAAUAGGCAGCGAGGCUCUUGGUUCAAAAUGUUUUCUUCGCAUUUGCGCCUCGCUCCAGAGUCAACCAGUUCUGCCUGUGUGGCUUCUGUCACUGUUUCUGGGCUGCCUGUGGGGUUGACUGGAGCAAUAUUACAGUGCCAGUGUAGGGUAAAAUGUCUCCUGGAAUACUGAACCCGUAUGCUGUAGCGUUUCCGAGAUGCUGGCUGCUAGCUAAUGGUUGUUGGCAACUGGCGCUGCUCAGGAUACAUCAGUUUCAUGUCAGUACUCAGUUUGUAAAAAGAAACAAAGCCACUAGAAGCUUGAAUGCUGCCAAAUCUUGGCUGUGUUGUGUCAGGUCGGUGAAUCUCGUGGUGUUGGAGGUUAGCGGUAAAGUUGGCCUCCCUCCGAGUUUGGUGCAGGCACAAUAGGAGACCACUUGAAUUAAGCUGCAGCCAAAUGCUCAGUGGCUUCGUUUCUGUUCACAAAGGUUGUAGAUGAUUGAAAGUGAGAAGUUCAAACACGUCUUCUCAAGUAGAAACAGACAAGGCCGGGAUAGCAGAGCCUGUUCCCAACAUUCCUCCCAUAUUGUCGUCCUGGUUUCUCAUUCCGUGGUUUUUACCUUCAAGUACUGAAGCCACCUUCGUCAUUCAUGCUGCCAUUUUCUACGGUCAGUGCACGUUGUAUAGCCGCCCCUGCAUCCAUUGUUUCCUGUAGUGAGAAACGUACAAAUUUUCCCAGAGCCUUGGCGUUCUCGAAUGUUCCCCUUACAGUCUUCCGAAUAUCCAGCCUCUCAUCGUGUGGUAGGUAAUGCCGCAACCGAAGACUGUCUUCCUUCGGGAGACGCUUCACCGCUUCCCAUUUUCUCAUUUUUCCAUGACGUCUUCCCCGACGUUUCCUCAUGGGUGAAACCGAGGUCAUUUCUGUCUCAAAGAGCCAAAGAUAAAAGCAAUAGAUGACUCCAUGUUGCCUUUUUUUUCUUCCUCUUUUCUCAUCAUGCAGUUGCGAGGGAGUCGAGGCUCGAUAGUUGCCAGGUGUGAAAUUUCAUGUGAGGUGCUUGCACCGUGUGGUUAACAGUGCACUAAACAAUCUCCUGCUUUCAUCACUCCUCCAGCUCUGCCUGAUAUACAGGUCAACAACCGUAUAGCAAGCCAAUAAAUACAUGUGAGCAAAGGACCUGCACUGCACCGCUUCAAACACCAGGUUACCGACAAAGCAACCCUAGCAGGUUUAUAUAUGCUAUUCCAUGUUCGAGCUUCCACUUGCGCCCCAAGAAAUAUGAUGACAGAAUGCAUAACACUGCUGCCUGCAUCAAAACAAGAAUUUUGAAAACAAGUUUUUUGCGGGUUGGCAUCAUAUUGCUGCCAUAUAGUGUAGGCAUGAGGCACUUGUGCUGCUGAUACCAAGAUGUAAUGGGACAUCUUCAAGGUCUAAAGAGGUAGGUACCUCACUUAAAAGUAUCAAAAGAGACGCCUGCCCGCGGAGACGAUUCAGGCACCACCACUUGUAAAGCCAUCAUACUUUUUUCUAAUCAUCACAUAUAAUCUGCUGUUGUGGUGACCCACUUCUGGGAAACAGCGACAAGCCCAGAUGCUGAGGCAGUGUGGCUCCACUGCCUGCACUGCAACUUUGGGUCACAAAGCAAUGACGUCUGCUUGUGGUGGCCAUUUUGGCCACUGUGCUGAGUGUGCACACAAUAUCUAUGUGUCGCCAAGUGGCGGUGGAUUUACAGGAGAUCCCCCAUACUGGCGACCAACAUGCCCCAUGGACCCCCGUUUGCCAGCGGCCCUGUCUCAUUUCAGUGGGUAGCUUACUGGGACUCAGCAGUGCUUGAGCAAUGCGCCCAGGGAUUCCAGCAUGACAAAUGUGGUUGAUCCAGGCCAUGUAGACACUUCACAAACACUCUACAUGUAGUAUGAGGGUGCAGGAUACUUGCAGUUUUGAGACGAGGCGCUGGAUACUCGUCUGACUCUAUUUCCUUUUUGAUUGUGCCUUACAAGCAGAGCUCAACUUACGCCCCUACUCUCAAACAUUUUCCUUCUCAGGCACAGUAAGUCUGAUGACAAGAUUUCACUGAGAUCUGUUGACUCUUGUGGUUUGUCUAUGUUCCUCGAAUUCUUUGUCGUGCGCAAGGCAGCUGAAUCUCAUUUGUUAAUGGCUGGAAAGCUGGGGUAUGACACCACAAUGUCACAAGCAAAACAGUUCCAGCUGUCCAAGAAAUCCCUGGGCGUCAAGCUCAUUUUUCUCAAGGCUUCGUGUCCACAAAGAUCUCGGAACAUAACCUUCCCAAUUUCACUGGGUUGUCACAUGGCCGAUGUUGCCAGAGAGUAUGCCAAAAUGGAAAAGGUGGGCUGAGGUAUCGUUGGCACUCUGGGCUCCUGAGAGGGUGCACUGUCUCAAGUAUACAUCAAAGUCAACGUCAAAUCUCCCGAGAAUGCUGCUUUUCUCUCAAGCGCUCGGAUUUCAUUACCUCCAGAUGGAAGCAUCCUCCUGUUACCCUUCUUCCUAUAUACAUAUAUACAUACACGCACACACACACACACACAAACACACACACACAUUAUAUACAUAUAGUGCUCACACGGCUCUAUAGGCAGAGAGAGAGAGAGAACUUAAAAAAAGAAUGGAGGAAACUGUCGGCCAUAUGCUGUGAUCGUGUCUUCAACGUAUGAUGUUAUGUUCCUCUCCUGUCCUCCCGCAUGGAGCAACACGGGCGCAUGCAGCUAGGAAGAAGAAUGCAAAACCCUGCACACAACUUCGCACGAGGUGCAUUCUUGAUUUUUUUAUGUGUAUGCUUCUUUUCUGAGUAAAGGGUAACAAACAUUCAAUUUUAUUCCACACCCAAUGCAGGUCCCUAAUGUUCCCAAUACUAAAGCUUAUGCUCCUGUCAAAUACUGAUAAAGGCAACAGUGCCUGUGAUUCCAUUCGAGCAUCGCCGCUCAUUGCCACUACAAAUAAUUGCAGAUAUCUUAUUUGGCAAUAGCAGUUUUCAAGGACGUGUCAGCAUUCAAAAAAUAUGUCGCAAGCCUUCUUUUUUAGGUUGCAUACUACAAUAUUCACGAAACCUUGUUAUAGGCACUUUUAUGUUUAUUGCACGAAUGUGAAGGUGGCGCUCAAUAUGCAAAGAGCAUGUCUCGGAUGCAUAGCCUCAAAGAUGCACAUGGCAUGUUUAACUGUGCUCGGGGUGCCUGGCUUAUGCAACUGAUGCAAAGGAAUAUUGCUGCUUGAUAAUACCGGGAGUUGACUGCAAUAAAUGGUGCAUGAAAAAUUGGAUUUAUAAGCUGUGGCCUGGAGAACGGUGCAUCUAAGUUGCAUUCAUUUGCUUUUGAUAGCAUAGAAUGUUCAAUCUGGCUUUUGUGAAUGUGUUCCAGAUACUAUUGUGCUAAACCAUGAAUGUUGGAACACUUUGAUAAAUAGCAGUUACUAAGAGUGAUAGUAAAGUAUGCCAGAUGGGCAAGACAUGAAGAAAGGUGCUCAGUUACCGUAUAGACUUAUUUUUCACAAUUUUGAUGAGGUGGAGCCCUUACAAGAGACCAAACGCCUUGGUCAAAACGGUGUUGGCGCAGCCGGCAGCUACUGCAGACCCCAGAUCCCCAAAUGUAUCAUUGCAUCAGAGGUCAACGCACAGCUCUCACCAUCUAGUAGGGCUAUGCGGAAGUGUAUGGCAUGGGAAAAUUCGCCAAUGCGUGUGCGCAGCACUGGGGCACCAAAUGCAAUUGCUUCUCCGAUGGAAAUUCUCUAAUUUUUUUUUUCAAGUUUUGGGUUGCGAAGUUGGGGGUGCAGCCCUUACACGAGUCUAUACGGUAUAAAGACAAAUAAUUACGAUAUUGCCAUUCUGUAUUAUAUACGGAAUUGUUAUUUAGCUUGUUUCGACAGACUGUUACCUAGCAAGGUGCCUAGGGAAGUACUGCAACAAGAUGCAAUAAAGACAAGUCUAAAAGGACCAUCUGAGACAAGCUGCCCUAGUUGCUUCUUGUAUGUCCAUGCCUGUUGAUCUUUCCACCUGCAUGCAUUUGAACAGUAUGAAUAUUUAAGUCAUGCGUCACCAAUAAUUACCUAUGAUGACGCUCAGUGCCAAACAGAAAUUAUUCAAGCCCACACAGUAAGACUGAGUACACAGGGACUUUUAAGCAAAGUACACGAACCCGAAUAGCAAUGCUCCCUGCAUAUUUCAUAAAGUGGCAUUGUGUACAGAACUACACAGCUGCCAUUAACUUGCAACCCAGUGGCACUCUAGAUUUUGAAUGCAUGCAAGCAUGUCAAAUCUUGCACAGAAUUGGUUAAGUUAACCUGCGGCACAUUAAUAAGGAGGGAAAGAAGAAGAAAUCAACUUCUGUCAUUCCACUUAUGGCAAUCUCAUUACUGAGCAGUGCUUAAAAUGAAAGUAGCCUAGGAGGUUUUUUUUUUCUAUUUGUUUUAUAUUGCAGGCAUAAAUGAUUGCACUACACUUUUCUGGCACACACAAUAUACAGCAAAUGCAUGUCUGCUGCACCCACUGCCACUCCAUGCAGUGGCCAAGCUGUUGGCGCUGAAUAUUCAACACUGUUUAUGUUUUCCUCGCUACAUAUAGAGCAAUUCAGACGUAAAUGAGCACUAAAUCAACAGAACUCACUUAUCCUCUGCUAAGCUUCAAUUUGAAAGCAGAUGAUGAAACCACAUUUGGCACGCCUUGUGUAGUUGCAGGAAUGGUGUAUGUUCCUGUUUAGCCAACCCUGACAUUUUUCUGGACAAGUGUAAGCGCUAGGAGACAGUAGUGUUGUUAUUGCAGUGCAUGCGGUGUCGCUGUUCCGUGAUGGAGGCCCCCACCCUUGAGUGAAAGCCAGGAACACCUCCUCCUCUUCCCCUCUUCCCCUAGAUGUAGUCCUCUCACUGCCAUGUUUUUUAUAGGCAUUUACGGAGACUCAGUCAUACGCAGUAGGAAGCUUUUUCCUUGGUCACUCUCUCUCUUUCGGCAUCAACAUAUCCCGUCUCACGUUGUAAGUCAGGCAUUGUGGACAAUGCAUCGCCAGGCCAUGCAAAUUGUUCGCGUACUUGUGUUGGUAGCCAUUGUUGCAGAGAAAGGGAUGUGCCCAAGCAGAAACACUCACUUUUUUUCCUUGGCUUCCCCGUCAUCCACCAGUGUUUGAUGUAGUAGGCUUGGCUGCUUCUUAUGGGAGAAGAAAGUUCCAUGCCGUAAUGUGCCACCACGGCCCAAAAAUUGCAAACGUACACUUCCGUCAUGCUCACGCAUGUUCUCCUGACGCAACUUUGCACCAACAAAUGAAAGAUUGUGGCUCGUUGGAGGUAUUGCAACCUGGAACAUUACUCUAAUUACUCCUUGAACCUCAAACAAUAAUUCUACUAUGCUCCGUUUUUCUUUCUGCUGAUCAGCUUCCCCAAUUUCAUAACUAUCUUUGCACUGCAUAUCUUACAGCAACGACCGUGCUCUGGCAAGUCCUGCAUAAUCACCAGGCAAAGAGCUUUUUUACUGAAAACAGCAUGUCUGUCACAAAGCGCCUUUUUUUUUUCACACAGUUAAGGUACUCCACACUUACACAGCUAGCUGUGAUUGAACAUGUCAACUACUUUCCUUCAGGCAUCACAGUGUAACUUAAGCCCAAUCAACACUGUGCCCUGCAUUCUGGCUCAGCUACAUGUCAGCGCCAACUUACAUGCCUAAAUGUUCGUUUGCUGAGGAAGAUGUGCAGGCUGUACCCAGGCAGAAAGUUGUGUCUACAAAUCAGAGUUCACGAAUAUGGAGAAAGGGGAGUCAAAUCAGCAGCCAAAACAGGCUUGUGCACCUGUCCAAUAGGGGCCUGCACAAUGGCUGAUCUGCACUUGUCGGAUGUAUGCCUGGAUUGCAGUGAUGGCACUGUUAUUGCGAGUGUGGUCGCCCUUUUCACAGGAUGCCAAGCUUGUAAGCUGACACAGAGACGUAGCCACAGACACAGAGACUUAUGUCUACGUCUCUGACACAGAGACGUAGGUGCAUAAGGAGCGCUCUGAACAAGUCUGACUUAAGGACCUAGCAGAAAGUGCGUCACAAAUCACCUGGGAGAUAUCCAAUUUUGUCCUAGCUAGUUAGUGGAUGGGCAUGGAACGGAAAAAUAGAAAUAACUAAAUAAAAUUAUACCGGUACCCUCUGCUACGGCGUCCCUCGUAGCCCACACUAUGUUUGGGAUAUUAAACUCUAAAAAUUAUUGCCCUGGAUAAUGACCUGCAGAAACCUGGUCAUGUAAACCAUACACCUAUAGGUGCUCAUGACACUUCGAAAAAUCUCCAGACUGCUUACAGUAUAGUGCAAUACAGCACUGUAUAGUUGGGCAGUUUACAGAGUACCGUCCCAGGUGGCAAGAAAACAGAAGUUCAGCUAUGUCAUUUUGUAAAAUUGCUACCUCCCUUUUCCCAUGUCAUUGCGAAGUAAGCAAUUAAAGUACACACAUCAGGGUUAGGUGAUUUUGGAUUGAGAAAAAAGGUGCGGUGCAAGCACGUAGUGACACAUUGACUUAGCACAGAUACUAAUAAGCAUGGCUGAGUGCAAACUGUGAACCUAUUCUUACUUAAAGUAUUCUUCGUUCUGGCGAAGAAUGUCCACCGACACACUUAAUGAAAGAAACAACACAGUUGCACUGUGUUGUAGCUCCAAUGGAUGCAUAAAACAUACAUCCAUUGUUCAUAUCCUUGAGCAGUAAAAUAAUUGCUACUAUCAGCCAUGGUAGCAAGGGGCAAAAUUUGUAGGAUACUGCACAAGGCUCAUUUUACAGUGCCUUAUUUUGCCUCUCAUAGAGUUUACGGCUCAUCAAUGUUUUUCUUGUCUUUUUGGUCAUGGGUUUCUAAUUCUUAUGCUCCUGAAAGUAUGCAAAAUUAUCCCAAUAAAUUAGCGCUCAGCCAUGCUUGUUUUUGAAAAAUGAUUGCAACACAACUACUCGUAUACGAAGCGGGAAGCAACCAUACGCAAAGCAUUUCACUGCGGCGUGCAAGUUGUCGUCAGUGAGAGCAUAAAAGUGUGCGUGAACUUAUGACGGACAGUGGAAAAUCCGACAGAUCUGAGAUGUGAGUCACGAAAUCCACAUGUAGAGGGAAGGCAAUACAGACUGGCCCAAUUGACACGGGAGCGGUGAUCUUCAGCAGGGAAUGAGAAAGGGUAUACAAGUAAUGCAUGUCGUAAUCACGUUUUACAGUUGUUUUUCACCAGCACUCUUCCUGCGUUUUGCUGUAAGUAUAUAAAUAUAUAUAUUACCACUGUUUCAGUCUCCCUCAUGUAAAUAGUAGGACUAAAAUAUUUAUUCCCUUCUAUUAAAAGGCAAAGGUUGUUUCUAUAGAUGUACAUAUAAGUGUCAGUGUUAAUGUGAAAAAAAAAUGAUUUAAAUAAAUGAUGAAUAAAUAAAUAUAUAUUAUAUAUAUAUAUAUAUAUAUAUAUGAAUGCGUUGUCUACACAUUCAUGGUCGCUAUACGAUUGCGAGACAGAAAUGUUUGCCGAGUAUGUAGGCUUAAUGUUUCGAAGUGCGUUUUUAGGUUUGUCUGUUUAGUGGCCAUAGGUGGUGUUCUCGGACAAAGAACACCGUGUUGAAGUGGUUGCUGGAGCAUGUUCUCUUUUCUUCAGGCGGGCAGGCUUGACAUGGUGCCUGUCUCCUCAAGUUUCGGUUGUGCAAAAGCUUGCCUCAGCAAAAAUUGACUUCAUGGAGCAGCCUGCUUAAUCGAUGCCAGACGACUGUCUCCGAGUACAGGCAAGCCCUCGCUCGAGGCCAUCGAGGUCAUAGCAUGUCCAUUGCUCUUCUGUCUAGCAGGAUAAAAUUGCGCAGGUGCUGCGUGGUUCCCUUCACACUGUGGUUUCAUUCAAUGGCUGAAUCCGGUUAGUUUCUCAGCAAAUUUCAGCAGGGCAGUUUGCUACACCUACGUGAGCGUGUUCCAUUGUCCUGAAACAUUGCAGGGUAAGCACACAGCAGGGAAAGCAAGCUUGGCAUGCACCUAGGUUGUUGCUUAUGAUUGUGUGAUGAUUCCUCAGGGGGGCCUCCGCAUCCACCAUUCUUACAGUUGAAAUGUCACUUUCUCAGCGUUCAAAGCUUCAUGGACACAAUGCAAUGGGCGCACUACACAGACAGCAUGUGUCUCCGAAUGAUCUAGACAAGGGAGCAAUAGCAUUACAGCAGCCAUGUAAGCGAAUGUCAAGCUCGAUGCUUAGGUCUGCAAAUACAGGCACGGGGGCUUCUCGUGGCCACCAAAACAGAUGCAGCUGAGGCUGCCUUUCAUGAAAGCUAUAGAAAGGGAGUCGUUACUAGUCUGAUGAAAAGGGCAAGGCCACGAAGCCGUCUUUGUGGGACAGCCACUGGUGAGGAGAGGUUUCACAUGGCAUUCCACAGGCCACAUCACAAGGGCUUGGGUCAUUCCAUGUACUGCUGGGCCAGUGGUCAGUGCCAUGCAAGAGUGCAACACUUUCAGCAGCAAGCGGCUGAUAGUCAACUGCACGUGACCUCCUGCUAAUCAGCGUUGUGUUUUCACAGAUCUACUAGGCUAGGUAUGAUUGACGUGUUUUAGAGUUUCAGCCAUCUAGCAUACAACGAAAUGUGAGCAAUAUAGGUCUGUCAAGAUGUUUUUAAACUUCGUAUGAUCUGUUGGGAGCUGCUGUAGUGAAACGAUUACAGAAAGAAUCCCCAAACAUCUGUCAGCAAGUCCUUGAAUGCAGACAUGUUUUGCUUUUACAAUGUGGACAGCAUACCUGUUUCUUGCCUGUGUUUCUUCCUUUACAACCUUAUUUGUUGUGCACUUUAUAGGAUAUAAACAACAUGCUAUUAAGCUACCUGGCAUAUGUACACCUGAUGGUGACUUUUGUCAGUGAUGAGGAAAUAAAUUAAAAAGAAAAUAUGCCCCAAUUUUCCUUGAAGAAGGUGUCUAGUACUGCUACUUACUGAGCACUACAUGUUGUCAGAAUUCUUUGAAAGGAAGCUCCAUAAUAGAUUACUGCUUAGCACUGGCAGAUACACAACAUGCAGCAGUUCUUUUUUUUUUCUUUCUUCUCAAUAUGAAAGCAGCACAAAGGCUCAGCUUGUGCACAAAUGCACUGAACAGGAAAAUAAGGACAUAACAAUAUUUUAGAGUGUCCUUUUUGUUUCUUAUCACUAACAACCUGCUAUACUCACAUUUCAAGAAAGAUUGAUUUUAUUAUGUGUCUGACAAUGCACUUUUCUUUCAAUGCUCACGUCUAAUUUUUCUUCAUACUAACAUAGAGGCUUGCACAUCGUUAUCUUCAGCACAAUCGUUUCUUCCGUUGUUGCAGUGUCCACCCUCUAUUCAAAGACAGAAUUCCUAAGACCAUGUAAUGUGACGCCCAAGCAAUGUGGAAAAAACAAACAAACAAAAAGAAACAGGUACGAUGUGUUUUGGGCAAAUGUUAUGUUCUUCCACAAUUCUCCUUCCAGUGUCUAUACAUUUGUGUCCUCCAGAAUAAAAUCGUUUUACAUUAACACAA